CGAUUAAUCCGAGUCAUCCUGACCAGGUUUUUCGGGACAGUCACCGACACCUCCGUGUGGGCGUGACCGACCGGCUUGCUUCCAUAACAGCAGGUCAGUUAACAACAGUGACAGUGCAAGUCAUCCUGACUACAUCAUUUUUUAACAGUUGCCGGGCUGUGCUAUUGUUUGCUAGCCGGCUGUUAGCCAGCGGUUACGGCAGCGGAGUGAAAGCACUUGCUUGCUGUCACACUUCGUCGCAGCAGACACUGAUUAGCAACGUGUUAGCUCGCUAGUGAAAACCACAUGGAUCCUCAAAACACCAACACGAACACUGUGGCGAAGAUGUUGAACCACGCGAAGACUCUCAGGCUCCACACCGGGAAUUUAGUCAACCGAAGUCGUCUGAAAAAGAAAUGUCCGUGCUCUCCCAGCGAAGAGCUUCAAGACUGCAUUCAAGCCACACUGAGCGAUUGGUUUUCUGCAACAAAACCACUAUCCAAGGACUUUUCAGAUAUGCUGGAAUGCUCCAUUCCCCAGGCAACAGAUGCUAUCACACCCGAAGAGAGAGAGGAGCUGAAGGUUUCAGUCAAGCUGUUCCUGUGUGAGUCGGUUCAGUCCUCUAUCAGAGAUGCAGUGGAGAUGGCCUGCCAGACGCUGGCAGUGUCCCAGCUCGACUCUGUUAUCAUUGCGCCACCUGGGCCCCUGGAGGGUGACGGCCAAACUUUGGCUCACCUUCAGCCAGCCUGGGAGGAGCUGGAGGCUCUGGUCAGGAGCCAGCGGAUUGCCGCCAUUGGCACCUCUGACCUGGACAAAGAUCUGCUGGAACAGCUCUACAACUGGGCUCAGGUGAAGCCCAGCAGUAACCAGGUCAACCUGGCCUCCUGCUGUGUGAUGCCUCCUGACUUGACAGCCUUCGCCAAGGAGUUUGACAUCCAGCUGCUCACACAUAACGAUCCCAAAGAGCUGAUGUCAGCAGCCACAUUCCAGGAGGCAGUGCAGGAGGGAACGCAGGACCUGAACAUCGCUGACUGGAGGCUGGAGUGGGUGCUGCGCUACUCUAUUAUUGUCAAGAGCAGGGGUAUCAUCAAGGCUAAGGGCUACCUUGUCAGUGCGAGGAAGGCGAGCCCCUAGCACACCCCACUAGAGAAGAAGACAUAUGGAUGAAGCCAUUUUCCUCCUCUUUCAUUCUCUCUCUCUCACACACACACACACACACACACACACACACACACACACACACACACACACACACACACACCAUGCAAAGUAAACAGCUCUGAAUAAUGGAUGCUGCCAAUCACCAUGAGUCUUGAAGUCAUUGCUUUAUCUUACAGAUAAGGUUGCAUCUUGAUCAUCUAUGAUUUCUUCAGUUUAACAAAUGCAGAUAUUCAUCACCAUUGUCUCAGUGAGAUCAAAAAUAGGAGAUGAACAUGCAAGAUCAACUCCAGUGUCAGUUGUGAGAGAAAAGACUGUGAAAGUGAGUUUCACAGAUGGUGGCUCUGACAGAUCAGCCAUUUAUCAACACAGAAAUGGCUGCUUUUAAUGAUGGAAAAUGUCAGUUGCUAAACCCAAGGUGAAGGUUCCUUAACCUUGUUGACUUGAAGUGCCUCUCAUCUUUUGCUCCUCCUAUCUUCAUUCCUGCUUUGUCUCCACUGUGUCCGUGUGAAUCAAGCUUUAAAUAUGUCAGUCUGAAUGAAAAGAUUACAAGUAGGUAAAGCAAAAGAAAAUGGCAGACAAUUAUUGUUGUUUUUUUCUUUAGUACCGAAUGAUUCCAAACAUUAUAAAAGGGUUAAUGGGAAACAAUUCAGAAAAAAACAUCUGAUUUUAUUCAUGCUAUUAGGUUUUUCCUGCUGUAUAUAACACCAUUUGCAUUCCUCAAUUGAGAAACUACAUAUGAGAUGUUUAUUUUAUGAUGCUGAUUGAAUUAGACUUUAACUGGGAAAACACAGCUAUGUGAGUAUAUAAAACUUUAUUUUAUCAUGCUUUUUUUCCCUAACCAUUUGUUGUUUUUGACAGUGCAUUGAAAUGUUUACCCACCCUAUGCUAAUGAGAUUAAUUUGAGGGGUUGAGAGUCCAGCAAUAUUUUGAGAUAUUUUGACAUCCAUAGCAGGCCUAUGUCCUCUAAAUGCAUUGUUGUUGUAGCACUGGAAACUCCGUGCCAAGGAGAUGUGAAAAUUUGUUAACUCUGAGGAAGGCGUUUUUAUUUAAGAAUCAUGGCUGUUUUUCCAGACAGGAUCCAGCUAAUUUCAUGAAGACGAAUGAUCUGUUGUACUGUAACAUAUUUAAUGUCAUAUAUCUGUAUAUCAUGAAUUGGCUUUAUUAAAAUUAUGAAACAAAUGUUUGUACCGUUGGAACUAGUGUAUAAUAAUUAAACGAUGAGAUAACCUUGGGCUAGUGUAAUUGUUUGAUAAAGCAAUCAAGAUUUUGGUGUUGCAAAGAAACAAAUAAAAAAAAAAUCUAAUGGGAAAGUCAAAACAACAAAA